AUGGGAAGAAGGAUCUUGAAUGACGCACUGAGGACAAUCGUGAAUGCUGAAAAAAGAGGAUUUGCCACCGCUCAACUUCAACCCAUUUCCAAUGUCAUGGCGGCAUUUCUCAAAAUCAUGAAAUAUCGAGGGUAUGUCAAAGAUUUCCAGGUACAUGAUUCUCACAGAGUAGGAAAGAUUACUGUCCAACUGCAGGGCAGGGUCAAUGAUUGUCGGGCUAUCACAUACAGACAAGACAUCCAGUCUAAAAGCAUUGAGGAUUAUAGAUUACGCACACUUCCAACACGUCAGAUGUUGCAAGAUUGGGUUGAAGCUGAGUUGCAUCCAUUCAAGUGA